AAAAAUUCCAAGUCACACAAGGUCGCACGAUUUCCAUGGUUUUCAUUUGGAUAUGGGCUGUUGUCAAUUGCGAAUUGGUUGGAUCAUUGUUCAUCCAACACAUCCACGACCAAUAAUCCUCUGCUUAUUUCAACUCCACCAUCCACGGCGGCCGUCGUCGGGACACCACCUCGCCGGCGAUAACCCAACACCACCGCCGCGCCUUCAUCUCCACAAACAAUGGCCGAUUUCAGCUCAACCUUCCAUUUUCUUCUAACUUUUCUCCUUCUGCUUCGCCCCUCUCUUUCUUCUGCUCCGAAUCUUUCGGAGCUGUUCGAAAUCUGGUGCGCGGAACAUGGGAAAACGUAUUCCUCCGCCGAAGAAAAGCUGUACAGGUUCGGUGUUUUUGCCGAUAACUAUGAUUUUGUUUCUCAUCACAAUAAUUUGGGCGAUUCUUCUUAUGCCCUAUCUCUCAAUGCUUUUGCGGAUCUUACGCACCACGAGUUCAAGGCUUCUCGCCUCGGGUUUUCCCUUUCCGCUGCUUUGCGGAACUCGCAGCCGGUUCCGCCGCAGGAACCGUCGCCUCCGCUGGAUGUUCCUGAUUCGUUAGAUUGGAGGAAAGAAGGAGCAGUGACGGCUGUCAAGGAUCAAGGAAGCUGCGGUGCUUGUUGGUCUUUCGCAGCAACAGGAGCUAUUGAAGGAAUCAAUAAAAUUAAAACGGGGUCUCUUAUCAGUCUCUCUGAACAAGAAUUAGUUGAUUGUGACAGAUUGCACAACUCUGGCUGCGCAGGAGGACUUAUGGAUUAUGCAUACCAAUUUGUGAUCACUAACCAUGGGAUUGACACGGAGGACGAUUAUCCAUACCAAGGUCGUGAUGGAUCGUGUCGUAAGGACAAGCUAAAGAGGAAUGUUGUGACCAUUGAUGGCUACAUUGAUGUUGCUCCCAGUGAUGAGAAAAGAUUGCGGGAAGCCGUAGCAGUUCAACCUGUGAGUGUUGGUAUAUGUGGCAGUGAAAGAGCCUUUCAAUUAUACUCAAAGGGAAUUUUCUCCGGCCCGUGUUCAACUUCUCUGGAUCAUGCUGUGUUGAUUGUAGGAUAUGGAUCAGAAAACGGAGUUGAUUAUUGGAUUGUGAAGAACUCAUGGGGUAAAAGUUGGGGAAUGAAUGGUUAUAUGCACAUGCAGCGAAACAGUGGCAAUUCCGAAGGUGUUUGCGGAAUCAACUUGCUUGCCUCAUAUCCAACUAAAACUAGUCCCAACCCUCCUCCCUCCCCUCCUCCAGGUCCAACAAAAUGUAGUCUUCUUACUAGCUGUGCUGCUGGGGAGACCUGUUGUUGUGCAAAGAAAUUUCUCGGCCUUUGUUUAUCAUGGAAAUGUUGCGGAUUGAGCUCUGCCAUAUGUUGCAAGGACGGUCGUCAUUGUUGCCCCUUCGAUUACCCAAUUUGCGAUAUGAAGAGGAGUCUAUGUCUCAAGCAAGCGAGAAAUGGUACAACAACAGAAGCACUUGAGAAAGCGAGUUCUUCUGGAAAAUCAGGUUCUUGGAGUCCUUUCUAGGGGUUGGAUUAARCGGUUUCAUUUAUAAAAUGAAUAAGAGCUGUCAUUCUUGUUACUAUUGUGUUCUAAUCGGUUUUAGCGGCCAUUUGAAGCCUGAGAGGUUCCUUGAGUUCCUUUCUCAUUGUACUUUAGAGUUUUGUGAUGAGACUUUUUAAAUAUUAUAGACUUGUUAGGAUUUAAAUGUGUGGGAUUACUAUCUAACUUUAUUAGUUCAUGUAUAAUUAGUUCUUGUAUAUUUGAUGUGAAAUGAGAAUUUAUUUCUUUCUUUUUAUUUA